AUGGAAAACCUUUUAGAAACAAAAGUAGAUGUUACAGUAGACUUAAGACUUUUUCUUUUGGACGAAUCUCAUGUACGGGUUGUAAACUGGUUAAUUGCAUAUAACCACAUUCAUUUACUUUCUGGUCUAAUAGAAAUUGUCAGAGAAAAAAGUCAGCUUGUAAAAGGAAAGGCUUGUCUCACUGAUAAAAGCAGUCAGGACAUUCAGGGAGUAGUAUUUGGUAAUGAUCUAGAAUCACAGUCGUAUUGUUUAAAUCUUGCCUGUUCUAGCUGUAGUUUGGAUAUGGUCAAACUGAUAUUAAGUUGCGUAAAACAUGACUGUAUUGAUUACAUUGAUUAUCAGGGUUGGAGGCCAUUAAUGAUUGCUUCUGUUGUUGGCUGUACUGACGUUGUCAAAUUUCUGCUAAACGAAGGAGCAAACGUCAAUAAGUGUGAUAAGGACAACUUUUCUUGCCUGCAUUUGUCUUGUUUGUUUGGUCAAUACGACGUAGUUAAGACCUUUAUCGAAGAAGGUGCUGACAUUAAUUUGUUUACGGUAAAUGGGACGUCUCCAUUUUAUGCAGCAGUGGCGUCAGGAAAUGUACAUCUUGUGAGGUAUCUUACGAAAAACGGCGCAGUCUGGAACGAAGAUAACCUGUCCCAGUUGCAGCUUGCAUCCUAUGUAGGCAGCCUAGAAAUUAUUAAACAUUUCAUUACUAGUGAUCCUGAUGUGAAUAUUGAUGUCACGUGUCUAUCUGCCGCCUGUAUAAAUGGUAAGCGUACUGUUGUUGAAUAUCUAAUCGAAAAGGUAGAUGUCAAUGAAAUUUGUGACAAAUGUGAUCCUGCACUUCAUUGUGCUGCCACUUCAGGUCAUCUUGGUAUUGUGAAAUAUCUAGUUGAACAUGAGGCCGAUGUUAAUUUGCUAAGUUCUUCUAAAAAGAAUCCACUUUACUGUGCUGCAAUGAAUGGACACUUACACAUUAUAAGGUACCUUUUAGAUAAUGGCGCUGAUAUAAAUCAAAAAAUUUGUGCUAAAAUUGACACAUCUAUUUUAUGUGUUGCUUCAAGCAAAGAUUACUUCGAAAUUUUGGAAGAACUUAUCAAACGCCGUGCUAAUGUCAAUCAAUGUGACCGCAACGGAAAUACUCCAUUAUGCUAUGCAUCUAAAUCUGGACAUCUGAGGACCGUGAAGUUUCUGCUAGAAAAUGAUGCUGAUAUCAACGUCGGUGCUAGUUGUUUAUCGUCCGCUUGUAAAGGUGGUCAUUUAGAUGUGGUAGAAUUUCUUAUUGAUAAGGUCGAUGUUAACCAGUUUGAUAACAUUUGUGACCCUCCACUUCAUUGCGCUUCUGGUCAAGGUCAUCUCGGCAUUGUUAAAUAUUUAGUUGAGCAUGGGGCAGAGGUUAAUUUGCAAGGUUUCUAUAAUGAAAAUUCAAUAUGUCGUGCUGCAGAGAAUGGACACUUUCCAGUUGUUGAAUAUCUUGUAGAACAUGGUGCUGUCGUCAGCCAGGCUAUUUUUAUUGCAAUGGAACGUGGUCAGGAGGACAUAAUAAAUUUAAUGCUGAAAACAUAUGUACGAGAAAAUAAAAAAAUUAUUUAG